AUGCGUCUCCUUCUCGGGCUUUACCUCGCCUCUCCUGCACUUGGGGCUGCGUUCACGUCACUCCAGCUCUCUGGAUCGGACGGCCCAUGGUGCGUCCAGACCAAGGGUGACAGCACCGAAAUCGGCACCCCACUCGAAUACGGCAAGUGCGGUCCCGCACCGACACAGCGCUGGAGCUAUGUCGAGAACCAGCUGCGCCUGUCUGGCGAGGUGGACCGUUGUAUCGGUCUGAAGCAGGGAGCGGAGGCCCCCGAGGCCGUGCUCGCAUCGUGCAUCCCCACAGACGAUCCUACUGUCGAGACGUCUUGGACGUGGGACACCACGAAGCGAUCUCAGAUUUGUACAUAUCACGAGAAGACGACCACUCCUCAGCAGACUUGGUGCCUCUCGGCGAUCGGGGGCCAGGAGCCACCGAGGCUCUUCCUCUCAUGGAGGCAGCGCGCAGGCCGCUUUGAACCCCAGCGCACCCCCGGUGGUCCUGUCACUGACGAAGAGGGCAAGUGUGGGGCUGCCUCGGGCGAUGAAGCCAACGCAGUGACCUCGGGGGCUGUCAUGGUCUGUGCCAUGCCCGUCCCGAACGGCAUGCAAGGACGGAAUGCAAGAGCCGUGAGCAGGAGCCCCGCGCAGAGAAUGGCGGUACCUGGUCGUUAUCUCACGUACACGGACCGGCUUGGUCCCACUGAUCCAGAACCCCCAACUCGUUCCAUCACCACAUCCACAUAUCACGAGAACAUGUUCGACCCCAAGCGUCCACAGAUCUUCGGCACCGUCCCUCCCGUCGUUGCCGGAGAGCCGAAGCAUAGCCCGGCCGCUCCCUCGAUCACUCGACCGGCGCCCACCACUUCAUGGCUCUCAAUGAUGCUCUCAGGUCAACCCGGCAAAUGA